ACGCCUAGCCAAUUAAAUGGCGUUAGCGGCCACUCACAUUAGGAACCGGUUGCUGAGCCCAGUUAAGAUAACUAUGGUUGCUCCGUCGAUUCGCGGUGAAAUAACAGUGAACGUGUGCACGUCGCUGCCUGUUUAGUACGUUGUUGCUGACAGAAGACCGGGAAAAAGAAAGAAAGCCCCGGUGCUUCGCAGUGAUUUUUCGGGGUGUCGCUGCGUCUAACAGCGCCUCUCGGCUCUGCUGAAAUUCGGCGUAAAUCUCAGCAUCCACUGGCUCCCCCCCCCACGCCAAACAACCGCCGCUGUCACACGCAAAAGCGUGAAAUCUGACGUGAUGCUCUUGCCGCCGUCCCGUUCAACCGCUCGUCGGGAUCCUCCCUUCAGACAGUCGUGCGUGUGCGCUGGUGGCGGAACAACGGCUUUCGUCGGGGCUGCGCUUAGGCAGAAGCGACCGCUUGACAGAGAGAGAGAGAGAGAGAGAGACCAGCGGGGAACGUGAUCUGGAUCGAUUCCCUGCGGCAAUGUAAAGAUGGCGAGAGUGCUCCACAACUUGCUCUUAUUCCUAAUCAGACUUGCGCAGAAAAUCCGAGUCCUGGGGUACUGGUCGUUGGUGUACGGUUAUUGUGCUCUCUGCACCGCCGUGGCCCUGCUGAAACUUUGGUGGAACAUCGUCUUGAGGCCCACGACAACCUUCCAAUGGGUGAUUCGGGAAACUCCCCCGGCUUGUCUGAAUGACACGUCCUUGGGAACCCACUGUUAUGUUAGGAUCAAGGAGUCGGGCCUUAGGUUUCACUAUGUUGCUGCUGGGGAGAGAGGAAAGCCACUCAUGCUGUUUCUACACGGCUUCCCUGAGUUCUGGUUCUCCUGGCGCUACCAGCUGCGCGAGUUCAAGAGCGAAUUCCGCGUGGUGGCCAUCGACAUGCGGGGCUACGGGGAGUCCGACUUGCCGCUCUCCCCUGAGAGCUACCGCUUCGAGUACCUGGUCACUGACGUCAAGGAUAUCGUGGAAUACUUAGGGUACAACAGAUGCUGCCUAGUGGGCCAUGACUGGGGUGGGACCAUAGCGUGGCUGUUCGCCAUUCACUACCCCGAGAUGGUGACGAAACUCAUCGUCCUGAACUGUCCCCACCCUUCUGUGUUCACAGAUUGGGCUCUGCGUCACCCGAGCCAGCUGCUGAAAUCCAGUCAUUUCUUUUUCUUCCAGCUGCCCCGCUUCCCGGAGCUCAUGCUCUCCAUCAAUGAUUUCAAGGCUCUGAAGGCGUUGUUCACCAGCCGCAGCACAGGGAUUGGGAGGAAAGGCCGGUGGCUUACUGCAGAGGACCUGGAGGCCUAUCUGUAUGCGCUCUCACAGCCGGGAGCUCUGACUGGAGCCCUCAACUAUUACAGGAACGUCUUCAGCUCCCUCCCCCUGAGCCAGAACCACGUCAGGUCGCCGGUGCUGCUGCUGUGGGGUGAGCGGGACACGUUUUUGGAGCAGGAAAUGGCUGAGGCCUGCCGCCUCUACAUCAGGAACCAUUUCCGCCUCAACAUCAUUUCUGGGGCCAGUCACUGGCUGCAGCAGGACCAGCCUGAUAUCGUGAACACCCUCAUAUGGACCUUCCUUAAGGAGGGAGAGGGACGUAAAAGCUACAGGAACUAAAAUCCACAGUGCGGCCUCCUCCCACACUCUUUCCCCUUUCACUUGCCACACCCGGACGCCUGGAAUAUGCCUGUGAUACCAAGCAAACAUAGUGAUAAUGCAAUCAUUCUUUAAAUCUUUCACAUUUCAAAUAUUUUUUAAAGAAGUCAGCAGUAAAGGAAAGAAUCAAAGCACACUUCAUUAGAGAGGACACUGAGCAGUACGUGUGACACAUAUUCAUGAUGUUUUUUGCACAUGACAUCCGCCUUAAAGUUUGUCGGUUACAGCAUUACAAAUGUUUGGCAAAAUCUCCUUGUGACUUGUAUUGUGUGGUGCCUUUUAACUUUCGAGUUGUCGCGGUGUAAAGAUGUCCUUAAAGACUGGGAUGUGGCAUUGUC